AUGUCGGUUUCUACGGUGUUGGCGAAGGCGCUGUUUGAUAACACGGCCGAAAGCCCAGAAGAGCUGGCUUUCAGGAAGGGGGAUAUCCUGAUGGUUUUGGAGCAGGAGCAGAGCGGUGGACCCGGAUGGUGGCUUUGCUCCCUGCACGGUCGACAGGGCAUCGCCCCGGCUAAUCGUCUGCGUCUCCUCCAGACCGCCCCGACCCCUGGUCCGGACUCGGUUUACUUGUCACCAGGCCCGCCGUUGGUUCGCGGUAGCGUGGACGACGCGGAGGCAGUGUACCGCUCCCCGCCCGCUGCGGGUGAAACCCGAGGAGCCGGUGCAUCCUCGAGACCCGGCGAGCUCCGCAAGGCAGAUGGUGGACGGCCGCGUUCGCACUCUAGUUCCGGGUCCAGACCCAGGCCCGACUGGGAUAUAGGAGUCGGUGGUCGCCCGCGGUCCCCUUCCCUUAGAGGACGGGGCACAGACGUGACCGCAGCGCUUUAUCAUACACCCGUAAGCCCUUCCCCGUCAUCUGCUCGGCAGCCAGGAGGUCAGAUAACCCACGAGUCUGUGUACCUAUCCCCCGGCGGAGUCGCGAGAAUGGGCGAUGAAUCUGAGGACACCACUUAUCUCGUCCCUCGAGAAACACUAACCACAGGACACUCUGAUGACUGUUACUUGGUGCCUAAAGGGACACCGCUCGCCAGUGAGGAUGUUUACCAGUCCCCAACUGGAGGAGUUGUCACAAACGGCCCCUCCUCAGUCAGUGGAACUCCCCAGUCUAAAGUGAGUCAGGACAUGUACCAAACCCCAUCUUCUAUGGCAGUAACUCUUCAAAGGACUUCAUCUACCCCUGCCCAAGCACCUCCCAGGCCCCUCGUCAAGGGUCCGUCUCCCAACCCUGCUGUGGCCAGAGGGAAACCCGGUCUCGCCUGCCACCGGGGGUCCCCUUUACUAGUCCGAGCGGGCCAUCCCCGAGUUCCCGGAUCUCCAAAUUUUGCUCGAAAGCCCCCUCCACCCGCACCCCCGGUUAGGGGAGUCACACGGAAAGAUGCCCAGCAGUCCACACUUGUGUCAGGUGAUUGCGGCGUGGCCCCCAACCCCGGUUCUCAAGGGCAGGAGGCAGACAGACAGACAAAUCAGGACCUAGAGAAAAGCAACAACGUGCAUAACGGCAAAGGUGAAAGUCAAGAUUACGCCGACCCUGUGGAUGACCAGGUAUAUGACACCCCGCCCAGCGGCAGGUGGCAGCGUGCCGUUCCAGCAGGCAAUGACGAUGACGGCAUCUAUGACACCCCGCGCACCGUCCCGCCACAUGUGGACUCUGAGACAGAGGUGUAUGACAUUCCAACCAUAACGCUGAAUGGCUGCGCCUCCGAAGUCCAAGCAAGCGCCACUUUGCCGGACGACGUCUACAGUGUGCCAAGUCUUCCGGGUGUUCCUUUGGCUCCCGGGGAGUCCGCGGAGGACCUGAGCCAGAACGGUCACGCUAACUGCGUCCCGGCCUCUGAGAAGCGAGCGAGCACAGGAGAUCAGCGGCGGGACUCUCCGGAUUGCGGGAUCUACGAUAUGCCCGCCCUGACUGCUGAAGUCCUCCCCCACUCGUCGUCGUCUUCCUCCACCUCCACCCGUCGACUCUCCGUGUCCAGUAACGGAUCCGGGGACGUUCAAUGGAGGGCCUCGCUCUCCAGCUUGGUCCACGCCGUGCUGAGCGCUGCUUCCUGCUCAACCGCCGCUCUGUCCUCCCGAGAUCUGGCCACGUCGCUGGCCGAAAUCCUGUCUACGUGGAAAGCCAGCUACUCCGGGGACCCUCCGCCGCCCCUUCAGCAAGCUUGGGCCCGCUUGUCCGACCUUCUCCCCGCUUUAUCGGCAAUUGGCAAUGCUCCUCCGUCGGAAGGACUCCUAUCACUGGUCCAGCGCUCCCUGGAGGAAAGCGCUCUCCUCCUGCAGGCUCAGGGUCGCCCGCGAUUACCCUCCCAGGACUCUUUGUCCCGGAGGCCGCUGCCCGCUCUCCCGGUAUCGGACGGGAAGUCAGCCGGAGGCGGCAUGGGCUCCCGUAAGAGUAGCUGGAUUCAGGAAAGGCCUUUGCCUCCGACUCCGCAGCCGGCCUUCCCGAUGCCUCCCACUCAAGCCACGGUGACCCUCUCAGCGGGUCACGGCAAUGGAGAUGAAGACCCCGGCAACGAGUAUGCUGGAAUUGGCCUGACUCCCGUCCCAGCUCCGGUCCCUAAUGGAGACAGUGUUGGAUAUGUCAAGCUGCAGGGAAAACCAGAGCUUCCCCUUGCUCAGAAUGGACAAACAAUCACUUCAGAGCCCAGACUUACUCCGUCCCCUCCCUUGCCGGUGUCCCUAUCUCUGGAGGAUUCGGAGCUGCUGUCCUUCUACUCGUCCCAGAGCCUCGCUCACCUCUCCUGCUUGGCCGACGCCAUCGACGUGCUCUUCGCAAGCGUACGUGGCAACCAACCGCCGCGUGUCUUCGUGGCGCGCGGGAAAAGCCUCAUCGUAACGGCGCACAAGCUGGUGUUCAUCGGCGACACGCUCUCCCGUCUUCUAGCUUCUGCAGACCUCCGGGCAAAGAUCACCACUUCCGGGGGUCGCCUCUGCCAGGCUUUGAAAGCGGUGGUGGUGGCGACCAAGGGCGCCGCCCAGAACUACCCGUCAGUUUCGGCCUCUCAGGAGAUGGUGGAUCGGGUCGCCGAGCUCUCCCAACAGGCCGCCGGUUUCUCCACUCUGCUCCAGCGCCUGGCUGAGAUUUCCUCGUGA